AUGUUAAGUCGGAAUAAAUUUAAUCGUUUAACUCGAAAUGAAUAUAUACCAGAGAUAAUUAUUAUUAUCUGUGUUAUUAUUAUUAUUCAUAUUUGUAAUACAUACUAUGAGUAUACUGGUAAUCAAUAUAUACUGAUAGAUAAUGAUCAUUUAAAUGAAUUUUGUCCAUUAUACCCAUCUACUCUUCAAGGAAGUAAAGAAGUUAUUAUGUUAGAAAAAGUUGAAUGGUCAGAUAAUCCAAAUGUCCAGAUAGGUGGAAUCUAUUCACCCAAUGAUUGUAAAUCUCGACAAGAACUUGCUAUUAUUAUUCCAUUUCGCAAUAGGGAAUAUCAUCUGAAAUUAUUAUUGAAAUAUCUUCAUCCAUAUCUUCAAAGACAGAAACGUUCUUAUCAAAUAUUUGUUGUAGAACAGAUAGGCAAUGUUACAUUCAAUAAAGGUAUAAUAAUGAAUGUUGCAUUUCAAGAAGCAUUAAAAAUCCGUUCAACAUUCAAUUGUUUUAUAUUUCAUGAUGUUGAUUUGGUACCGGAAAAUGAUUAUAAUGUUUAUGAAUGUGAUCCAAAAGCACCAAGACAUUUAUCACCGGCUGUUGAUGAAUUACGUUAUGUAUUAAUGUAUAAUCAUUUGGUUGGAGGUGUUUUAGCAAUAAGUAAAGAACAAUUUAUUUCCGUUAAUGGAUGGUCAAAUUUAUAUUGGGGUUGGGGAGCAGAAGAUGAUGAUAUGGCCGCAAGAAUACGUAAUUCAAGUUAUCGUUUAAGUCGACCACCAAAUCAUAUUGGUCGUUAUAAAAUGAUUCGUCAUGAAAAACGUGAACGUGCUGUAAAUCGUCAUCAAUUACUUCAAGGUUGGACUCGAUAUUUACACGAUGGUAUAAAACAAUUAAAUCAAAUCGAUUAUUUAAUAGAAAAUAUACAUAAAGAAAAAUUAUUUACACAUAUUUUAGUGAAUAUAACACGUUCAUCAACACAUAAAUUAGAAUAUUUACUUCAAUAA